GAAAGGGUGGAGGGAGGAGAGGUAAGUAUAAAAGACUUGCGCUGAGGAAUUAGGAAAUAUUGCUCAGGAAAAAUAGACUGACUGAUAUUACCAACACUUCUCACUUCAACCUUAACUGAAGGUAACGACAGAGACCCAAAGAUGAAGAGCCUUCUUCAAUUCCUUGCACUCUGUGCUGUGCUCUCACUGUGUGUCUCCCUCGGCAGAGGAAGAGCUACCCGGUCAAAUUCAGACUCCAAUGAAAGCACAGAAUCCAGUGAAGAUGUGUUUGUGGCCCCGAGGCGAGCCAACUCCUUCAUCACGCCACAGAGACACGCCGUAUACAACCUUCCCCGAGGAAACGGCUACAACAAUUACUUUUUGAGUCGGCGGGUCAAGUCUCCAGCAGAGAGACGUGCUGAGACCUGCGAGGAUUACUCUCCCUGCCGCUUCUUCGCCUAUCGCAACGGCUACCAGGUGGCCUACCGGAGAUACUUUGGGACCGCCACUCCACAGAGGAGACCAUCUGCAGCUCGUCGAUAUUAAAUAUCCGCAUAUAUGCUUGCAACGGACACACUUCACCAACGGGGACGUAUUAUGGCAGUCUACGACUUAAGUUAUAACGGUGGCCUCUUCUGGAUGUGAUUGUUUUUUUCCAAAAAUGAUCAACCUACAUGACAACCCCUCAUUAUUAACAUACAUAUUCAUGCUCCGUCAUUUGUAUCAGCACGGGAUAACUGUUUUAUCCAACGAUCACAUCUUCCAAUCAUUUAUAAGCUAUGUAUGUUUUGUUUUCUCCCUAUAUGUUAACCAUUUGCCCCUCGAACCACACUUUGUUAUGAUUCACCCGCAGCUCUGCUGUCAGUGUGAAAAUAAAAAAUAUUUUAUUUUGG